GAACAAGCGAGGACGCGACGGACUGCUGCCAAGAUAAAAGCCAGAGGUCGUGCACCGCCUUGACAAGCGGAAAGAGCAGGCAGAGCUGAGCGGGAUUCAAAGCACAUCACACUCGCCUCGGCCUCAUCGUAGGCAAUCAUGGGCAAAGCGCAGUCUAAGCUGUCCCACGAGCAGCUGCAAGAGCUACAGAGGAAUACAAAGUUCGACAAGAAAGAGCUGCAGCAAUGGUACAAGGGAUUCCUGCGUGACUGUCCCAGCGGCAAGCUCGACAGGGCAGAGUUCGGACGGAUCUACAAGCAGUUCUUCCCCUUUGGCGAUCCUUCGCAGUUCUCAGAAUACGUCUUCAGCGUCUUUGACGAGGAUAAGAAUGGCACCAUUGACUUUCAAGAGUUCAUCUGUGCGCUCAGCGUGACCAGCAGAGGCGAUCUGGAUGACAAGCUCAAAUGGGCCUUCCAGCUAUACGAUAUCGACGGGGAUGGCUAUAUCACCUAUGACGAGAUGCUACAGAUUGUGUCGAGCAUCUACAAGAUGACCGGUCAGAUGGUCAAGCUACCGGCAGACGAGGACACCCCACAAAAGCGGGUGGACAAGAUCUUCAGACUGAUGGACGUCAACAAGGACGAAAAGUUGACAUACGACGAAUUCAAGCAGGGCAGCAAGAACGAUCCUUCGAUCGUCUCCGCGCUCUCACUUUACGACAACCUGGUCUAGCUGCACUUGCUCGUCUGCCAGGAACCACCUUGUACUACAAUAGAAAUCUGCAAGCACGUGUUUGACAUACCUAGCGAGCCUCGUUCGCAUUGCGAAGGCGUCGUGAUGACCCACCUAGCGUCGCCACGGCGUCGUCCCCGAGUCGGCAUGCCAUCGUCCUUUCCUGCCCUUGGCCUUAAAAACAUCGACAUGGCUGAUUCUACCACACUUCGCGAAGAUGAGAGCAGUUCUUUGCGCACUCGCAUGCGCUCUUCCGUUCGCAUUAUCAAGAGAUCUCAUCCGUGUCCUGGCCCGCAACGCACAAGGCUUCAAUCCGGCCUCACUACCGCAAUCGGGCCAAGGACAGACCGGCAAUCCGCUUUCAUCGAUCUGGCGCAAGAUCGAGGAGAGCUUUCCCCGGCCGAGCGGCAGUAUGCCCACUUUCGGUAGCGGUUUCCCCAACUUCGGCAGUGGGUUUCCAGGGUUCGGCUCAGGUAUGGG